AUGGCAAGUUUCCAAAAUCAGCAGAAGAACGACCAAGAUACAGCCGUUCCGGACAUCCACUCUUCCACCGACGUAAGCAAAAUGAUGGCCAGUUUCGAGGCCCAGAAGACCACCCGAGAUACCGCCGUUCCGGAACCAUCAUCAUCCACCGAAGUAAACGACAUGAUAGCUAGUUUCCAGACCCGGAUGGAGACCGCCCAUGAUACCGCCAUUCUGGACAUCGACUCCUCCACCAAGCUUAGCGACAUGGUGGCCAGUUUCCAGGACCAGAUGGAGACCGCCCAAGAUACCGCCGUUCCCAACACCUCGUUGGCCACUGAGGUAGAAGACAUGAUGGCUAGUUUCCAGACCCAGAUGGAGCCUGCCCAAGAUACCGCCAUUCCGGACACCCAGUCCGCCACCAAGGUAAACGAUAAGGUGACCAGUUUCCAAACCCAGAUGGAGCCUGCCCAUGAUACCGCCAUUCCGGACACCCAGUCCGCCACCAAGGUAAACGAUAAGGUGACCAGUUUCCAAACCCAGAUGGAGCCCACCAAAGAUACCGCCAUUCUGGACACCCAGUCCUCCACCGAGAUAAGCGAUAAGGUGACCAGUUUCCACACCCAGAUGAAAACCGCCAAAGAUACCGCCAUUCCGUACACCCAGUCCUCCACCGAGAUAAGCGAUAAGGUGACCAGUUUCCAGGACCAGAUGGAGACCGUCCAUGGUACCGCCAUUCCGGACACCCAGUCCACCAAAAUAAGCGAUAAGGUGACCAGUUUCCACACCCAGAUGAAAACCGCCAAAGAUACCGCCAUUCCGGACACCCAGUCCUCCACCGAGGUAAACGAUAAGGUGACCAGUUUCCAGGACCAGAUGGAGACCGCCCAAGAUAUUGCCAUUUCGAACAUCGAGUCGUCAACAUCGGCGGACGCAUUGUCCACCGAGAUAAGCGACAUAAUGGCUAGUUUGCAGACCCAGAUGGAGACCGCCAUUCUGGACAUCGAGUCUUCCACGUCGUCGGACACAUUGUCCACCGAGAUAAACGAAAUGAUGGCCAAUUUCCAGGCCGAGAUGGAGACCGCCCAAGAUACCGCCGUUUUGGACACCUCGUCGUCCACCGAGGCCACUUUCCAGACCCAGAUGGAGGCCGCUCAAGAUACCGCCGCUCCGGACACGUCGUCGGAAACCUCGCCGUCCACGUCGUCGGACACCUCGCCGUCCCCGUCGUCAGACACCUUGUCGUCCACAUCGUCGGACACCUCGUCGUCCACGCCGGCAGACACGUCCUCGUCCACGUCGGCGGACACUUCGUCGUCCAACGAGGGAAGCGAAAAUGAAGUUGCCGCCCAGUCAGACGUGUCGAUGACUGAGAUGUCUCUCAACAAAGAACGCGAGCGAUUCUUUAAUGUGGUCCCCUACCAGAAGGACAUACUUGAUAAUUUGCGUGACUCUGAGAAGAAAUAUCGCCCGUUUCCGCGUUAUAUGUGCAUGCAAAAAUACAUUAGUUAUAACGAUCGCUCAAUGCUAGUUAACUGGAUGGUGAAGAUAUGCAAGAAGUACAAUCUGGACUCGGAGACGUUUUACCUCUCGGUCUAUUAUCUCGAUCGCUACUUAAGCCUGAAAAUGGUUAAGAGACCCAAUUUACGCUUGAUUGGGACAACGGCCUUGUACAUUGCCGUCAAAUACGAAGAGAAGAAGGAUAAUGUUGGAUUUCUCACCGGGAACAUGUUCAGCAAGAAGCACGUCCUGCGCAAGGAGUUGUUCAUGCUGAAUUUACUCUCCUUCCGUCUGUUUAUGCCGACUGCAUAUUCCUUUAUCAACGUGUAUUCGGUGCUGGCCGACAUGCCAAAUAAGCUAAAGUAUUUGGCAAUGUACAUUUCGGAGCUCUCACUGAUGAGGGGAGGCGCCUCCAUCCAGUAUUUGCCCUCUUUGAUGUCGUGCGCUUCGAUUGCAUUGGCCCGUCACACUCUUGGCCAGGAAAUGUGGACACCGGAGCUGGAGAAACUAACCGCUUACAAGAUUUUGGAUAUGAAAGCCAUCAUUCGAAAGCUGUCCCUCAUUCACAUGGCGGCAAAGAAGCUGACGGGGCAGGCAAUGCGAGCGAAGUACACCGCAAGCAAGUACGAAAACGUGGCCAUGAUCAAGCCAGUUAAGCUGCCCCCUUUCGAGCAGUGA